UAAUUGAAGUCAAAUGCAGGAUAAUUUUUUGAUCUUGUGGGUUUAUUUUGGGCGGAUCGGGGGCAGAUUGUUAGUGGAUGCUACGAGUUGCUGAAUUUCGUGCUAUAUCUAAUUGUCGUCAAGUUUAGCUGUUUUUGACCGAUUUCUUAUUUUGAAUUAUUUGUGUCGGUGGAUUGAGGUCUUUCUGGAGAUCCAUUGAUUUGUGUUGGUUUUCUAGGUUUCCUUUUAGCUGGGAGUGUUUGUGAAUUAUGAUUUAUAUGUGACUUCAACGACUUUCUCCCUUUAGGGUGUGCUGUCGGAGUUGAAGAACUUAGGGCUUGGAAGAUGCUUGUUCAUUUGACGAACCCGUGAUAUUUGUUGUUUUUUAUUGUUGUUAGAAUUAACAGAGAGUAGAUAAGACCAACGAAACUGAAUAUACGUUGAGCUUGAAGCUGUCCUUGUCGCAGGGUUUCUUUUCUGUAAUAGGGGAGGAUAGAUUUGGAAAAUUAGGGUUUGAAGUAUUUUGAGUUUAAACAAAACUUAUUUAGUGAUUUGCCAUUGACUAGAGCCGGCACAAGAUUUUAUUUGCUUAUAGAUGUUGUAGGCUUUCGUGUGCAUUUUACCUAUAGAUGCAUAUUUGCUUAUAUAUUAGCAGAUGUUCACCAUUGUUGAAGCACGUUGGAGUCAUACCAAUGGUUGAAAACGUGGUUUGAAUAAGUGAUUCAGUUUCUUAAGUGGGGUUUUUGCUCUGGUUACACAGAAGUCAACGGUGGUGUUGUAAAUUAUGCAGACAUUGAUUUCUUCUAAAUUUCUAAUGUAUUAACGGUGCAUGAGUCCUGAUUCUUAUUCCAUUGCGCGGUGGAGGAGAUAUAAUUUGGAAGUUUUAUAUAGCUCUUGGACCACGAGGAAGGUGUAGCUUUUGAACUAUACAUUUUCAUCAGCUUUUCAAUCAUAAGUCUAAAACAAGAUAUACAUACACGUAGCAUUUUUGAGUAGAGUUGGAAGACUCUGGAACACGUUGUUACUCUUAAUUUGGAAUGGAUGAGGACGCUUCACGUAGAAUUUCCACCAUUUUGAACGGUGGUCUAAUCUCAUGAUGAAGGUUGAAGCAUCUCAUUGCUCAUAUAUUCCUUCUGUUCUGACAAUGCCGGCAUCUAGGAUCCUAACUUUUGACAAUUCAAGGCAACGGGAUGAAGAAAGUGCACGGAUUACAUCCCCAAGAGAUGAAAAGCCACAUGAAGGGAAGCCUGAGGGAAAGUUUCCCUUGACACGGUGGGAGUUUGUAGCUGCACUCAGUAUUUUUAUAUUAUUUUCAAUUGGUCUUUUGAGCAUAUAUUUGACAAUGCCUUCAGCGGAUUAUGAGUUCCUUAAGAUUCCCCACAGUAUUGCAGAUCUUCGACUACUCAAAGACAACAUUGCAAACUAUUCGGAAAAUUAUACAGCUCAGUUUAUUCUGGGCUAUUGUGCCACAUAUAUUUUUAUGCAGACUUUCAUGAUUCCUGGGACCAUAUUCAUGUCCUUGCUAGCGGGGGCACUGUUUGGAGUUGUCAAAGGCCUUAUAUUAGUUGUCCUGACUGCAACUGCUGGUGCAUCAUCCUGCUAUUUUUUGUCAAAGUUGAUUGGCAGGCCUAUUGCUUUUUGGUUGUGGCCUGAGAGACUGAGAUUCUUUCGGGCACAGAUAGCUAAGCGCAGAGAGAGAUUGUUGAAUUACAUGCUCUUUUUAAGGAUCACACCGACCUUACCAAACACUUUCAUUAACCUGGCAUCACCAAUUGUGGAUGUGCCUUACCACAUUUUCUUAUUUGCUACUUUGAUUGGUCUUAUUCCCGCAGCUUUCAUUACAGUACGAGCUGGUCUAGCACUUGGGGAGUUGAGAUCUGUUCGAGACUUGUAUGACUUAAAGACAAUGGCAGUAUUGUUCCUCAUAGGCCUUGUAUCAAUUGCUCCAACCAUUGUGAAUAGAAAACAGACACAUGAAUGAAACCGGGUAUAUAUGAAAUCUGAGGGUAUAUUUUAAAUAUUCCUGGUUGGAAUGGUGGCCACUAAUUUGGUGUCUUAAUUUUGUUUGCUGCCAUAAGCUUAGCCAUUGGAAAAUUAAUCAAUGAGCUAAGCUAGCUUGUAUAGCAUUUUCUUGUCAUUACAUUAUACAUGACAUUUUGCAAACAAUUCAUUCAUUUGUUUUUAUACAAGACCUAAUUUUUUAACAAGCAAAUUAACAGGAUGCAAUUCAAAAUCAAA